UAAACGGGGAACGUCACCGGUUGCCUAUAGCGGAAGUUGUUCACUGGGUAUGGGACAAUGAACCUAAACAGCGCAAAUCUGUAGUAUCGGGCUACUAUUAAGGUUUUGCGAGGUUCAAACGUCUGAAUAUAAAGGUGUGACCAUGGAAGUGCCUUGCUACUUGCCCAAACUGCUGUUUGAGCUCAAUGAGCAACGUAAGCGUGACUUCUUCUGCGACUGUAGCAUCCUUGUCGAGGGCCGUGUCUUCAAGGCUCAUCGUAAUGUAUUAUUUGCUGGGAGUGGCUACUUUCGGGCUCUGCUGGUGCACUACCUGCAGGAUAGUGGGCAACGUUACAGCACAGCAUCUUUGGACAUUGUAACAGCUGAUGCUUUCUCGAUUAUCCUCGACUUCCUCUAUUCUGGCCGCUUGGGACUUAACAGGAGCAAUGUCAUUGAGGUGAUGUCAGCAGCCAGCUACCUGCAGAUGACUGACCUGGUGAACUUUUGUAAAAACUACAUACGCUCCUCUCUAGAAAUAUGCAGCAAAGAGAAGGAGAGGAGUGCAGAGAAGGAGGACCAGGCCCAAGAUGGAGGUAUGGGUCCAGCAGACAGUGGUACUCCUGCUGCAGCGAUGUCCAGUGGUGCAAGUGCUACCAAGCCUCACUCACAGUUUGCAGAGGCAGACAGAGGAUCUGGGUUAGGUUCAGAAAGUGUGACCUCAGCUAGAACCCCCCUAUCUAUCCCAACCGCCACCCCUCCAGGGACCAGCAGGGAUAUGGACAGUGACUACCAUUCCAGGGAGGAGUUUCCAUCCAGAAGUGAAAGACAGAAGGGACACAUGGAUCAGACUAACCUGUCAUCAUCCUCAUCUACUGCUUUGACCCCAGAGUUGGUUAACCCUAAAAUAGAGUAUGACCCUGAUGAGGAGCUAAUGGAGUCCCCUGAAACUAAAGAACUGGCUACAUAUCCUGGGCCCACUAUGCACAAUCCUCAUCAUAACAGGCUACUUCCCCCAAGUCCCUCUCACUCUAAUGAGCGCUCCUCCCUGGGCUAUGGCCCUUCAUUUAAUGCAAGGCAGCUAAUGGAGAUGCUAGCCAGAGGUGAAGGCCCCAGUUCUCUUGGAGACAGAAUGGGGCAGCGUUUUACUCAAGGACUCAGUAGCAGCACAGGAGGAGGCCGACUGGACGAAGGUUUGGGGUUUGUGGGGUCAUCUAUCAUGGAGAUCCAGUCUGAUUGGCUUGGAGAGGACACAGGUGAUGGUUUAGUAGUGCCAGUGAAGCUCCAUAAGUGUCCGUUCUGCCCAUACACUGCCAAGCAGAAAGGCAUCAUGAAGAGACACAUCCGCUGUCACACAGGAGAGAGACCCUUCCCCUGUCCAAUGUGCGGCAAGAGGUUCACACGGCAGGAACAUCUUCGCAGUCAUGCGCUUAGUGUCCACAGGCACUACUGGCCAGUGUCUUGUAAAAGCUGCAGGCGAACCUUCACUGGCGCCAGUGUUUCGCCCGGACUAAGACGCUUUGGUAUCUGCGAGAGCUGUAAUUGUGUGACCACCACUCAUGAUGACUCUGCCCCUGUUCACCCUGCCAGCCAGCAGGAACCCAUGGAACGGGCGGACGGAGGCACGGACUGGUCCAGUUUUAUGGACGAUGUCGAUGAGGUGGAGGUUGGCAGAGUAGAAGACUUGGUGGAGAAACAGAUGCUCGAAAGGCAGCUGGCUGUCUGCACUGAUGUAGAUCAUGCUCUGAAGUUGUAGCCUAUGGUAUCAUUCCUUCAUCUGUAAUUGAUGUUAAAUUAUUGCUGUAUUCUGACAUUAUUUAUUGACUCAUUUGUAGCCAGUAACUUUGUUUCAGACUAAGAUACUAUGCUACAGUAAUUUGCCUAAAUGCAAAUAGUUUUAUUGUUUUCACAGAAAUGAUAUGGUGUUUUUUCUGUACAUGGUUUGAUGAAAUCCACACUCCUCUGUAUGUUCUGUGUAUUUUGACCUUUUGCACAUAACUCAAAGUAGCUUCCUACAUGUUUUGAUACAAUUUGAGAUGGAAGUUCCCAUAUAAGCUUAUAAUAUUGUUCCAAUGAAUGUGCAGUGUAUCUGUUCUUCAUCUCAUGUCCACAUAUUCCAGCAGCUUUCCAGUGAAAAGGUUUAUUUAUCACAUAUUCAUUUCUCUGAGUGUCCUCUAGUGAUCAAGCACCUACUAGAGAAGAUUUGCUCAGUAAAUCCAGUGCAGCUGUGAAAAGGCAGUGUCUUGUUUGGUGUAAUAAUCACACUGUAUAUGACGUACGAUUACUCAUCAUAAUAAAAAUGCCUCACAUCUGA